CCUUGUAGCUUUGGAGGUGGUGGGGGUGGUAGUAGAGGAAGUGGCCGAGGUGGUUUUGGUGGAGGAUCAUUCAGAGGGGGGGGUGGUGGAGGAUUUGGUGGCAAAAAAGACAAGUUAAACAACAGCCCAGGACAGCAUCUUAGGAAACCAAAGUGGGAUCUAGAUGCCCUGCCCAAAUUUAAGAAGGAUUUCUAUCGAGAACAUCCAAAUGUGCAAAACAGAUCCAUGGUAAGAAUGAUUCCAAAAUUUUCUCUGAUUUACUUUGAUUCAGUGUGUUAGUGACUUAAUUUUCAAGAAUCUGUGAAAGUUCAUGAAGUGUGCAAUAGUCAGUUACACAGCAGACCUCCAGACAAAUACAAGCCUCCCUUCAUUGUUAAUGGUAGUAAAGGUUUGUUGAACUUGAUCAUUAAUAUUGUAUAUCCUUUGUUAAACAUUUUCAAUAGAGCAGAGUUAAAACACCUCUUGAUUUUGUAAUUUUAGCAAGAAGUUGAGGAAUACAGGAGACGUUCUCAGCUUACUGUUCAAGGGAGGAAUGUCCCUAAGCCAGUAGUAACAUUUGAAGAAGCUAGUUAUCCAAGUAAGUGUUCUUGAUUGGUUAAAAUAAAUAGUAACUUUUAGGGCAGGCAGUGUGCACACUCUGAUUGUGUUGCGUCAUGGUUGUAAUACAAAAAGUGAGUUAUUUGCAUCCUGACCUGGUUGAGUGAACACCUUUGGGUGGCAGCAUGGUAGCGUGAAUAUGAGUGGAAUGUAAUGAGGAUUCACUGUCUGUAGCCAUUCCUUGAAAGGUUAAACAGUGUUUACAGGCCUGUGCAAUUCCUGUUAUUCCUCCAUGAGGAAUUUGACUCUUAGGAGGCGACUGACAAGAUUCAGAAAGAAUCGCAACUGUAGUCUUGCCUAAGAAACUACACAAAUGGUAGCAGUUACAUUCACAGCCAAUGGCUGUGUGAAUAACAUUAAAUUCAGAAAAUACAUUCUUAGACAUGAGUUAUUUAUUAAACACAUUACAGACACCUUUGAAUACAAGAACUUUUUUUGUGUCAUCCACCUGGCGUAAAUAUGGGAUUUGUCAAAGAAGCCCUUCACCUGCUAAGAGCAAAUUCGUCAUGCUCUACGUUUAAAAACGUGCAGAGUUUCUUAAUAUUCUUAAAGAAUAGAGGAUACUUUUAUCAAGGUUGUAAGAAACAUAUCUCCAAAGUCAUUUUCUGCAGGAGAGAAAAAACAACAGAUGCACAUAGGAGAAAAUUUAUAUUGCCUUUUGUAAUAAAAUUUCAUCCAACUUUGUUAAACCUCUAGAACGUACAAAGGGGGAAAUGGCACUUUAAAACUAAUCCUUAUUAUCGCAUCCCAAAGGAAAAUCAUUAAAAGAUAUCCUCAUAACAGCUUAACUUUGAGGGCAGAAGUAGUAGUUCAAGGGUUGGCAUCAUUUUAUUCUGACAAAUUAUUUUCUCCCUCAAUGUUAGUACUUUAAGUUUUUGAAAUUUAUUUUUAAAAAAAACUUUUCUUCCAUCAGUUAAGUGUGCUUUAGACUUUUCUGGACAGUUUUUACUUUAAGCAUGACUGCAACAUAUUGAAAUAUGUUGUUCAUUUUGUCUCAAACAUGUGCUAAAGAACAAAUUUGAGUCCUCAGCAAGGAAUCAAACCCUAGACCUUUGAAUGGAAGAGGAUUUGGCUGUAGUUGGUAUUUAGUGUUAAUUGCUUUCUAACACUAAAAUUAACAACCUGCUCUCUUCAGAUAAUAUCAUGGAUACAAUAAGAAGUGAAGGAUUCCAAGAACCAACAGUAAUUCAAGCCCAGGUAUUCUUAGAUAUAUAAACAAUAACCUCUAUUUGGCACAAAAGUAUGCACAGAUGUUUGUCCAUGGACAUUAUCUGUUCCAAGAUGUGAACAGUUUAUUGAGAAUGAAGCCAGAGGAAAAGUGGGAGCUUGGAGGAAGGGCAAAUAUACAAGCAUAGUUUUGCACAAGAUAGAGGCUUUUGUGUUUUUCCAAGUAUUUUACAAUAGAUAAAAAAUGUUUAUGAACAGCUUACUUUUUGUUACAUGGAAAGUUUUCUUUUGAUUUUUUUUUCCAGUACAACUUAAUGAACAAACAAAUAUUCCUCCCUUCUGUAACAACCAUAAAAUGCUCUCUCAUCUUGAAUUAUAUUUCAAACAAAGAAUUAUCAUAGUGGACAUAAGGUUUGAAAGUCAGGGAAUAUCACUCGGGUGAUAUCCUCAGUUAUCCUCCAGUUUUAGUGGGGAACUAUUUGGUCAUGUAAUGCACUUAAACCAAUCAUGCACAAACAAAAAUAUUUAAUGGAUCAUAAACAUAUAUAUGCAGUACUGCCUGCGUGUAUUCUAGCACCUAGAUGAACACUCAUUCCCUGUAAUUUGGGGAAUUUUUAUGCAUAUUUCUUGUGUGUGUGGUUACCCACAUGCAGUAGAAAUUAUACAUAUGCAAUGUCCACACUCAAAUGCAAUCUUAAGUCCUUUUUUGGCAUUCAGUACAUCCAUAUGCAUGUGCUCUUUCCCAUGGAAGUAAUUGCUGUGGGAAUCUGUAUCUGCAGGGCGUGAAAUUAAUUUUUUUUUCUGAUAGCCACUUGGCUCCUAAAUUUUUCAAAGUGGUAGCCAAUUCAAAAAAGUUGGUCCCCAUUUUUAAAGACAAACAAGACCUUUUUUUACACUGUCACUGUUCUAGAUAGACCUUUCAAAAUUAAGUUAGGAAAAGGAUCUUCAAUGUGCUACAAAGUGGACACUAGGAUGGAUGAUGUACAACGUUCAAGCUCAACUAAACCCAAGAUGGCAUCUAGUUAUCUAUCAAGAUACAUGUGCUGCAUUUUGGAAACAAACUUAACGAGGAAGUUUGCCACAGAUUUAUCUUUGCUAAUCUUUUUAAUUCUCUAUAUCUCUAAGUAAAGUUACGAUGAAGCAUUCUAGUCGCCAAUUUGGCAUCUAAUUUUUAGGAUAUGGUUGCCAAAGUGAAAAAUUUAGUUGCAUUGGGGCCUGUAUUAGGUGCAAUUUCAUGCCCUGUAUUUCUAUUUGUGGGAGCCUGUAUUUCACAAUUUAUUUAAUUAAUUUACUUUGAAAAAUGGUAAAAUCCUGUUGCAUUCUUAAUUACAUACAUGCAGGUGCUUGUUGUGACAUGCAGUAUGCUUGUUUCAACCUUGCACUACAUGGAGAUUACAUGCACAUCAUCUAAUGCUGCAUUGUACAAGAUUACUUCUGUAUUUAUUCAUCAGUUGGGAGUUCUCUACUGGGAAAACUGUGCCCAAAGUCUUAGAUACCAUCCAGGUCCACAAAUAUUACCUAGUUAUUUGUCUUGUUUGCUUUCUUUUAGGGUUGGCCAGUUGCACUAAGUGGAAGGGACCUUGUUGGAAUUGCACAAACUGGAUCAGGAAAAACUAUCUCUGUAAGUUGUACUGAUUCUUUGCAGUGUAAGAAAUGCUAAAUAAUUGUGAUCAUUGUUUUUUACUUGUUAUUGAAUUGCAUUGGUUAACUGCAAUACUCUAUUGUUUGCCUUCCUCAGUUCAUUUUACCAGCAAUAGUUCAUAUCAAGCACCAACCUCUUGUCCAGCGUGGAGAAGGUCCAGUGGUAAGAUUAUUUCGUUAAUGAUUUGGAAGCUCUUUGUUGGAAGUUGAGAUAAACCAUGACCAGGAACUUUUUUUUAGAACUGUUGAAGUAGAAUUAAAACUGAUGAGUGUGAUCUAAAGAGUUUUUUUUUUAACUUUCAUUUUUGAAGCCAUUUUAGUUUUGGAGACUUACUAUAGAAAGGAAAUUGCAAAGUCAGUGAAUACAACUGAUUAAAGAAUAUAUUCUGUCAAAAGAUAUGCUAAUUAGAGUACUAGCCAUAUGCCUAUAACAGGGCAUUUUGAAAGAACAAAACUUGACAUUCCAGUUUCCUUUUUUGAGUAUUCUUGGUUAGCAGUGGUUUAUCUUUGCUAAUACACAUUGCUCGGUCAAAUGGAAAUGGCACUGUUAUUUUCCUAUUAGGCUCUUGUCCUUUGUCCUACAAGAGAAUUGGCACAGCAGGUGCAAACUGUGGCCUUCCAGUAUGGUCGCAAUACCAAUGUCAAAAGUGUGUGCAUCUAUGGAGGGGCACCCAAGGGACCCCAAAUUCGUGAGCUUGAAAAAGGUGAGGUAGCCAUAACAACAUAUGCACUACUCAAAAGAUUCUGGUGUUAAUUCAAAUUUUAUUUUUCAGUAGCUGUGUUCUGAGAAGUAUUAAACUACAGAAGUGUCAAUCAAAGUUAAUUUAAUUUAGACUUAAAAUUGAACUUCUGAAUGUAGGACUUACUUGCUGGAAAGUUUGUCCAGAAUAAAACUUUCCAUUCAGGAUGCCUGGAUAAACUGAAUUUCCUAAAUAUCUUUUUUAAAUGUACCAACUUAGUGAAUAGUUAAAAGGUGUAAGUGUUUGUAGAGUCCCAGUUAGUGGGUUUUCAUUCUUUUUCUGCUAUGAACCUUGUGUGCUAUCAUCAAUUCUUGUACCUGGGUUUAGGGUUAGCAACUUAGUUCCUGGUAAUGAUGUGUCCUCAUCUUCUAUGAGAAUUUUUUCUGUUUACUGGAGACAGGGAUGGGAGUCUUUGAUUUAUGUUACCUCUACUAUUCCUGGUUUCAGGGGUGGAGAUAUGUAUUGCCACACCAGGAAGAUUGAUUGAUAUGUUGGAAGCUGGCAAAACAAACUUGCGACGCUGCACAUUUUUGGUACUUGAUGAAGCAGACAGGAUGCUUGACAUGGGCUUUGAACCACAGAUCAGGACAAUUGUUGAACAAACAAGACCAGACAGACAGACACUCAUGUGGAGUGCUACAUGGCCCAAGGAAGUGCAAGGACUGGCAGCUGAUUUCUUGCGGGACUGUGUUAACAUCACAGUUGGCUCAGUGGGGCUCACUGCUAACCACAAAAUCUUACAGAUUGUGGAUGUUUGUGAUGAAACUGAAAAAGACUACAAGUAAGUUGAAAGUUUGUCUUUGCAUAGGAAGUUCUAAUUACCUGCAGAUAAAAGUUUUUUCUGGAGAUGAAGUUUGUUCAUUUGUCUCACAAUAGAGUCACUUUAGUGAUCUACAUCAAAAGUGACUACAUCAUGAGACAAACAAACAAAGUUUUUUCCGUCUUGCACACAAACUUUGAAAUUUUUUUUUUGCAAAUAUUGAUUUUAUUGCUUUUUAUCUGUGUGUAGAACUUAGAGAACAGGCUUUAAGUCAUCUUUGCCCCCUAUGUUUCCAAUGGUAUAAAAUCAAGAGUAAUAGUUGAACCAUAAUAGCUCAACUAUAACGACUCAGUAACACAAUUUUUAUUAUUUUUACAAGGUUGAUCAAGCUUUUGGAAGAGAUAAUGGGAGAGUCUGAAAACAAGGUAUUCUUGUCGUUUAUAUAUAGAUUCGUAAAGGUGAAAGAAUGUAUCUGUGGGUUCUAUUUUCCUCUGUUGUAUUUCUAUUAAAUUUGUAUGUUUAUUGUAGUCACUCAUUUUUACUGAGACAAAGAGAAGAGCAGAUGAACUAACAAGAAGGAUGCGUAGAGAUGGGUAUGUGUUGCUUUCUACAUAAUACAUGUGGAAGGAGGUGUUAUCUGUUGGAUUGAGCAGCUGAUGAAUUAAAAUUUCAUUCCUGAAAUUUUCAUGUUGACCAUUUUGAAUUCCUCGUUACUGAUGCUCUCUGCUAAUGUGUAGUCUGCUGUGUUUUAGUCUUUCCGGUUAUAUUUGUUUAAUAAUUACAAUUAUCUGUUUACUUCCCUUGAUGUAGAUGGCCAGCAAUGUGCAUUCAUGGGGACAAAUCACAGCCUGAAAGAGAUUGGGUAUUAAAUGGUAUGUGUGGCUUUAAGCCUUGAUUAGGUGAAUGAGAUGUGUCCCUGGGAGAGACACUAAACUUUUCUAUUGCCUUCCUCCAUUCACUAUUGUAAAUAGGAACUGGAAAACUUUCAGGGAAACUUGAUGGAUUGCUGGGGAUAGUCUGUAAUGAAUGUGCCUUCAUUUAGGAGGGAAGCAACACUCCUUGUUGUUUCAUGUUGUGGAACUGUAAUUUGUCCUGUGGCUGCUAGGCAUAAAGGUUGACUGGACAAAAUUUUAUUUUUGAAUUAAAGAGCCAGGAUAAAUGCAUUAAGAGUUAAAAGUAUCCACAUAAUUUAUUACAUAAACCUGUCAUGGAACUUAAAAUGGAAAGGAAUGUUUAGAAAUGUUUGGGAUAGGGUUUAACAGCCCUCUCAGGACUAGAUAACAAGUUGUGCUAGCCUAAUUAGUGUAUUUACAAAUAAAAUGAACCUUCUAGAGUUUGACUUCUUUGUCUUUUAAAUUUCAGAGUUCAGGAAAGGUAAUGCUCCUAUUCUGGUUGCUACUGAUGUUGCCUCCAGAGGACUAGGUUUGUAUAUGUUUUUCUUACUAGUUAACCAGCACAGCGAAAAUUUUGGGUUUCUUUUUUUUACCUAUGUUAAUUAGCUAUCUAAUUAGUUUUAUUACAGUGAUAAAACAUAAAUGAAUCUUCUGGAGUGUAGUGGCUUUUGUGUUGGUCUUUUUUUCAACUGUCUUAUUUACUAACUCUACAUUCUAUUUUUUAAUCCCAGAGUAGGAUUAUUCUUUUUAAUCCGAGGGUUCAUCAUCCUUGCUGUGGUUACUGUUUUCCUUGAUUGGAGGGAACUGUGCAUGACCUUGGUUUGUCAGCUGAGCUGGAGGGAAAGGAGCAGUUUCAAUAACUCCUUCUUUUUUAAGAUGUUUAGCUUGCAUAGAUACCAGAAUUUUCUUUCCAUAAAAGUGUAAAAAAUAAAUUUUACUUUGCAAUCUUGUGGGCCACUGUCAGAAGCACUUAUGCAUACAGCUAUAAAAUAUCCUACAUCUCAGGAAAUUUCUCAAGUUACAGAAACAACUGGCGAAAUAGAAUUUUCACAAUAGGAGAACAUUUAUUGCUCCAGAUACUUUUUAGUUUGCUGUGGUAAAAGUUUGUGUUCUGGUAGGAAAAUAUAGUGCCUCCUCUUUUUAGUUACUUGUGGUGGCAAUUGCAUUCAUGAAUAGCUACUGCUAUCUAGAAUGCUGGCUGCUGGUCUUAUUUAUCUGUGCUUCCAUGAACAUGAGACUAGAAUCAAAGCUUGAAUUUCAAUUAAACUGUGUUGAAGAAAGAGCAAACAGUGGAGUUGUGUUUGAUGGUUGUACAGAUGGAGUUAGGUUCCACAGUAAUGUAAACAUUUGUGGGUCCUGGCAGAUUCAGCUUUUGUUGCAUAAAUGUACUAUCUGUACAACCUCAAGCUCUUAAGUCAAAGUCCAGUGCUCUGACUUACUAUUUCCUUGAAAACAACUCCAGUGUUAAAACAUCAAAGGCAACUUGCUGUCAGCUUAGUAUUUAUUUUCCAUCCAAACAAUUAAUGAAGAUGUCAAUAUUAAUAAAGCACUGGGCUUUGACUUAUACGUUCAGUGCAUUAGGUCAAAAUUUCUCUGUUUUGUAUACAGAAAGUCUCUUAUGCACAUGUUAUGUAACUAAAAUGGAGUUAAAAAACCUGCAGGUAAAUUUACUAAUUCUGUUGCACCUUAUCCUAUAUCUUCUAUGUUGUGUCGCAAUGUAGUGCUGAAUCAAAAGGGCCCACAAAGUUUGCAUUCUGUUCACCUUAAGCAGCAGGCAGAUAUGCCUGCAUUGCUUUUAAUGUGUCAAAGAGAAACCCUCUUUUCUGUUCCUUCCCUCCCAAUCAUCUGGACGCGCUGAGUCAUGGUUUGGUUCCUGCUUCAAGUGUAACCUGGUGAAUAUUUUUUUAUGCCGGCUCCCAGAGCAGAAAUGAUAGCUCUAGUAUUCAGGCAAGUUUGUUUGGAGAAGUACCAAAUUGGUGGUCAAAUUGUAUGUUUGGUAUAGUUCUGCACUGCUUUGAAAACUGGUGGAAACUAUUAGAAUUGAAAUAGGAAUUGUGAACCAUGUUAGUCUAGUUUGAUCUUUUAAGUAAGAGUAGUCCUGAACUUGGCUUAUGUUAUAGUUAUGACUGGUACAAGUUAUUAAGUCAUCUGUAAGUUGUUGUCAUCAAUUAGUGGCAUCAUACAAAUGUUGUUUUCACAACAUUUACCCAUAAACAAACUAAACAAGGCAACCCAUCAAUUCUGACAUAAAAACUGAUCAAUUAGGUGGACAGAAGUUUCUGGAGUCUUGUGCCAACCACAUCACAGUAGAACUGACCAGGUGAUUUCCACAGACAAGACUAAUGAUUCUUUCUUGACAAACAACUCUCAACUUUACUCUGGUGAUGACUUAGUGCAGGUUGAAAUGUCAGUUAUCACUAGUGACAGCAGUUAUUUUCAGGCCUACUCUUACUUGGACAAUCAGACUACACAAUCAUCUCUGUUGGGUUCAAACGAUCUACUUCACAUGAGUACUAGGAGCUCUUUUCUAAUAUCUUGUGAGAAUUAGGAUUAGGGAGCUGGCAUUUGGUUUUGAUGCCCUCUUUAACUGAAAGCUCAUCUUAGUGUUCAUUUCAUGACAAGAUGUCGAUUCAUUGCAUUAUAUAGAUAUUUCCGACAUCAAAUUUGUCAUCAAUUUUGACUUCCCAAGUUGCUCAGAAGAUUAUGUGCAUCGCAUUGGAAGGACAGCAAGGUCUGAUCGCACCGGGACCUCAUACACUUUCUUCACUGUUGGAAAUGCCAAGCAGGCUAAAGAUUUAAUUUCCAUUUUGAAGGAAGCAAACCAACAUGUUAACCCAAAGCUAAUUGCACUUGCAGAACAAGCAAAGGGAAUGUUUGGUAAAGGUAAGCAAGCCUACUGUAUGUUGCUCCUCUGCCUAAAUGUUGCCACAUGUAGCUUACAUGUCAUUGAUUAAAAGAGAGAAGUUUUUUCUUUAAAUAAGUAAAAUGUUGGUCAGGUGGGUUAUUUAGGCAUGGUUUGGUUGUAUUGUAAGGUUGGUGAACUAUUUUUAAGUUACUUAGAAGACAACAGUAAAUAAAACUCGUGUAUUGUGUCGUCCAUUUAACGAGGGGUUGUCAAUGUGCCACUUGUCCUAUAUUUCUUAAAUAUCACGCAAUGAAGCCUUUCAUAUACUCUCCCCCUCCACUUCUCCUCCCAUUGUGCCACCUUGAACUUCCCAAAUUUGGCACUAGUUGUUCUUUAGUUUUUCUAUUAUUUUUCUUUAGGGCGAAGUCGUUUUCGUGACAAAUCUGCACUGGGGAAUAGUGGUCACUUUAACAGGAACAACUAUGGGGAUUCCCGCAGUGAUUCAAGGAGUAGUACUGGAAGCAGAUCAGGGGGACAUUCAAGCUAUUCAGGCGGAGGUCGGGGUUCCUCUGGCAGAGGUGGCAGUCACAUGUCCAGUGCCAACAAGUCAUUCAAUUCCAACCGAAGUCAAGACUCUCGUGGGGUAAGGAGUCACUCACAACAGAAUGGCUCAUGGAACCAUAUGGGAACACAACAGCACAAUAUGAUGGGAGGGGAGGAGGAGGAGGAGGAGGCUACAAUAAUUACAGCAAUUCAUAUGCACACCAGGCACCUCCUCCACCUCCACCAGGUCCUCCUCCUUCCCACUCAAAUCCACCCCAGCCUCUCAUGCAACAGCAGCAGUACAACCAAACUACUACAUACUCUCAGCCAUCCUACCAAGCUUACCAGCAACAAGCUACAAAUGCUGGGCAGGGACAAGUACAGCAGACUGCAGGGUGGUCUUAAUCAAGAGCAAAGCUAA